CGGCGAUCGAGUUAGCGGAGAUCGACUGCUUUCACCUGCUUCCGGGCACUAGUCGCGGGAAUUUGGAAACGAAUGGAUCGUCGCGCCAUCGAUUGCCGCCUGUCGUGAAACAACUUCCGUGGAGUCGCCGUAUGUGACUCGAUAACUGUCGGCGUUCGCUGACAGCCAAACGUUGUUCGACGAGCUUCACUUGUAAUGUAACGCCGGGCGUUUUACGACGCGAACGGUGAGCAGAAUGCAGAGCGCUCCAUUUGGGGACGUCCUGCACUGUGAGGAGCAGCUCAGGUCCACACUCUACUGCGAUGACAAGGACAACCUUCGGAGGAAGUUGGCCCAGCUCCAGCGGGAGUAUCUCAAGACCGCCCAGAAACUGCAGCGCGCCGAGCAAAUGGAGGCAGUGCGGAAACACGUGAGCAAUGAGGUCGCCCCAAAGCAGGACCACCACAGCCGCCGCCAAGGCCCGCCAGGCCCAGAGGGGACGUCGAAGCCGACAGAUGGAGCAGACAAGAGCUCGUUUGGCACAGAAGACAAGGCCGUCCACAUAUCCGCAAACAUCAAAGACAACCUUGCAGGAACAAGCCCCGCCGAUUCCAGUUGUAGUGGCACGAUCGGGACCCCGCUCGCGUCCACGUUGGAACCGGAACCGAAUUGCAGCGACCCGGCGCGCCCUUCCAGAGCCAGUUCCACCCUGCGCCUGCGCUCGCGCCGCAGCCGCAUGCGCUGGCAGAGGGGCGCAGAUGAAAGCCAAAGUUCGGGACCGGUGUCGCUCCGGGAUGAGAAACAAGACAGUCGCCAAAGGGAGAAUGAGCCCGUGGGACCGGCCGGAGGUCACCUUGCGCUUGAAGAAGAGAGUCCGGAUCAUUCGACGAGUCUUUGCAGCGUAGAAACGACAGGAGCAGGAGAGGGCACGAGUCUUUUGGAGCCCCGCACGCCGGCGGAGGGGCCGCUUUACCCCGCCGAGUACUACGUCCGGACCACCAGGCGCAUGGCCCUCUCGCAGGGCCAGCCGGACCCGCGGGCCGUCAUCAUCCGCGACCGGCCCAGCUCGGGGCCACCUCGCCGGAAGAAAAGCAGCCCGCUCGGGGACCGCCGCUGCCCUGGGGCCCUUUCGCCCCCUCGCGUCUCUCGUCCGGCGAGGGGGCGGAAGAGUCGGAGGCGGGGAGGUGGGGGCGACCUCGGGGUCUCCCCGGCUCUCCGUCAGGCGCUUUCUCCAAAUUCCCAGCCGCCUCGCCAGCCGCCACAGGCCACGCCCCCUGACGCGCAGCCUUUGUCCGGAGCGCCGGACCUCUUUCCCAUCUUUCGCAAGAUGAUCAAGUCCACCCCGGGGGCCCCAAGUCCCGAGAGCUGGCGUUCCCUCCUCCUCCCCUCCCCCAAACUCAGCCCGACCCCGCCGCUCGGUCCCCGCAUGCGGCUGGCGGGCCGCCUGUCGCACUUUGACCUCCAUCGGGAUUUCCACUUGCCCGACGAGCAAUUCGCCGCCCUGAAGCUCAGCAAACUCCGCCAAGUGGCCGCCGAAUCUCGGAUGGAAGUUUUCCCGUCGCCGCGCCGCAACACGGGCGGGGUGCGACGGCGCUCCGGAACGCCGGCCGAAAGCCUCGGCCUCACGCCCGCGGUUGAAAAAUGGUCCGGCCCAUCGGAAGACAACGACCCCCGAAACGUCGACACGCGACUCGACCCAAAAUUACCUUUGGACCCGAACAACUUGUGUCCGAGUCUGGUGGAAGAAGAACCGAAAGGUUUGGACCAGCAACGGGAACCGCUUCCCGGCUGUGAUCGCCCCCUGGAGGCGGUCCAGGAGGACGACGGGCUUCAAGACGUUUUUCCCGAAGCCAUCAAAAACGGACUCGGUGCGCAAUCGCCUCCGCCGCGGAGCCCCGCGGUCGCCUCCAGCCCGGCGCCGCCCUCGCCGGGCCUCGCCACGUCGCCCGCCGACGAUGCCGCCCCCUCGCUCAGCCUUCCACCCCCGCCGAGCGCGUCCCCCCGACCGUCGGACCCCUCCGACGGCCAAACGCCGCCUGCUGCGGAGCAGCGCGCAAGCUGCACGCUCCAGGCCCCUGCGGGAAGCGCUCUGGUGGACGCGUGCUGCCUGCGGGACUCGGACGGCCGCCUGUGCGUCGCGGCGGCGGCAGAGUGGGCGGUGUCUUUGUGGAGUCGACCGUCGCCAUCGGGCGCUUGGACGCGACGACACACGUGGCACUUCGCGGAGCCGUUGACAAAGGUGUUCCCCGUCCCGGACGGCGCCGGCCUGGUGUGCGCGACCUUGGGUCGGCCGGAGAUCCAAAAAGUGAGGGUGCUGUCGUGCCGCGGCGGGCGUCCCGUGCCGCUCCUGGACGGCGACGUGCGGGCGGCCGUGGGUGUGGCCCAGGCCCGGCUGGUCACCUGCUCCCGUUCCUCGAUUGGCUGCACGCUGCGGGCCUUCACGCUGGCCCACGAUGGCAGCGCUACCCACCGUCUCCAUCUCGCCUCCCCCGGUGUUUGCGUUCGGGCGCUGGCCCCGGUGGACGUUCUCCCCGACGCUCUGAUCGGCAGCGACGAGAGAGGCCGACUCUUUGUGUGGAAUUUGAAGAGUGGACACUUGCUGCGGAAAAUCGAGCUGGGUGACGGCUUAUCACACACGUCCUGUUUACGAGGAUUCUCCUGCCGUGGUGUGCUGUUGGUCCUCAUGCGGCAUCUGUUUCUGGGCCGCCUGCAGACGAAACAAAACGUCGCCGAGCGUGAAGUGUUCUGCGAACAGAAAGAAGAGGAGAAGCCGGCACUCUUCUCCUUGGUUGCGGUGAACCCUCUCAGCGGCAAAAGCGUCCUGGCGGCCCAGUUGGAGCCGCCGGCAUCCUGGUUGGGAAGGCUGUGUGAGGCAGAUGCCAGCGACGUGGCGGCAGUGGGCGUGAAUCAUAGCGGCUGCGUGUGCGUGUGGCAGCUGAAGCGGCGGCGUGGCGGCAUCAUGGUGGCGGCGGCCCCCGACGGCAUGGGCUGGCAACUGGCCCGCUGGGCGGAGGACGGCGCCACGCUGGUGACGGGCCACCGUGACGGCAACGUCACCUUGCACUUUGACCUCGCCGUCCCGGACCAUUUUAUGUGAUUUUUAGUCACAGCCGCUUGUUUUAGAGCGCCAAUCCGACACUUCAACUUAAAAGAGACUUUUAUGCAGACUACCGACUGGAAAAUUUUAUGACCGUGCCGUCGACUUCAGUGCUUCUGUUGGUUAAAAAAGACCACAAAAAAAUCAAAUAAAAUAUUUUUUGAACUUGCAUUAAACUCGUGAAUUGUGUUCAACCA